GUAAUAAAUAGUUUAUUGGUUUAUGUGAGAAAGCCAUAUAAAUAGCGAUUGACUAUUUUUCUCGUUUAAUAAAAAUAAUCCCAAAAUCUGAAAUAAAUAUGAGAUAUAAAUCUUAAAAAUGUGGAAAUUUUGAUGUUCCUUAAAUAGAUAAAACUAGUGGAAAGGAUUCUGAUUUACAUUUAUAUGUAUAAUAUGUAAUGGAUGUUGAUUAGUAGUAUUAUGCCUCUGCAACUUGGUGUUAAUUUUUGGAUGGUCUAGGGCCUUCCCAUGGUUUAAUUAACUUCAAUUUAGCAGAAAUAUUGGAAUUAGAAUUGACUGAUUUUAUUGAAUUAAAAGAUUUAAUUGAAAUAGUUAUCCAUGAAAUUACACAUAUAUUAGGUUUUAGCGAAGAUGAUAUACCUAAAUGGAAAAGUUCAAUAGGAACUCCAUAUAGUAAACCUACUAUUACAUAAAAAAUAAGGGAUAUUGAUAGUUUAUUACUCACAACUCCUCAUGUUUUGGAAUUUGCUCGUAAAUAUUUCGGAUGUCCUACCUUAGUUGGUAUGCCCCUUUAAAAUUAUGGAGACCAAAGUUCUAAAAAUUCUCAUUGGGAAAACACGAUUAUCCAAAACGAAUACAUGAAUGCAUCUGUAUCACUGACAUAGGCUUAUUUUAGUGGUUUUACAACUAAUCUUUUAAGAGAUACAGGUUUCUAUGUUGAAAUAGAUGAAUCUAUGGAAGAAUAGAUGUUCUAUGGAAAAGGUAAAGGCUGUGAGUAUGUUCUUGGUAAAUGUAAAACUACAACAAGAGAAUUUUGUGAUCCUAAAACUGACGAGAAAUUAUGCGAUUUUUACCACAAUGGUCUUGCUACAUGUACAACUGGUUAAUUUAAUGAUCCUGGUUGCAAUAAUUUAUUUACCAACGCAGCAUAUAAAUGUUGGGAUGUUAAUAGUGUAUUAAACAACAUGAAUUAAUUGAAAGAAACGGAAUUUACUUUGGGACUGAUUCGAGAUGUUUUAACUCGAACUUAAUUUCUAAAAAAAUAAAAUAAAAAAAUGAUAAAAUUAUGGGUUAUUGCUUUAAAAAUGAAUGUAAUGCAAAUGGAUAAUAAGUCACAAUACAUAUAUAAAAAGAAAAAAUAGUAUGUAAAUAUAAUAAAGAAAAAAUGA